CGCCGGCGGACCCAGCCCACCCCGGGCCGUUGCCUCGGGGGACUGGGACCCUCCUCCCCGGCUGUGCCGCGAGCGCCCGGCCGGCGUCAGGGGCCGCGCCCCGCGGCGUGUGGGGGUCCCAAGCGGGGUCUCCCCGGCCAGUGCCCCAGCCCGGCUCCCCCGCCCCGGCGGUUGCGGGGCGCCCCGGAGCAGGGACCGCAUCCCCGGAAGCUCCUCCCCGCGGGGGCUGCCCCUCCCCGCGGACUGAGGCGACGGUUACUUAUCGCCGCUGCCGAAGCAGCCCAGUCGGCACCCGCGCAGCCCGGGACGCGCGGGGGCGAUUGGCAGGUCCGCGAGCUCCGCUUCUCCCCCCGGCGUUGUGGGAUGCCAGGGUAAAGGGAUGUCGCUGUAAAGAAAACUAAGGGGCGAUGGUGAGAGAGAAGCUACAUCAGUAAACGGAUGCGAGCCAGACCGUUCAAGGGAGCAAGGGAGUAGAAGCAUAAAGAAGUUUACUUUAUGAAGGCUAAUGAGUGACUCAAGUAACAGUUUGAAGCGAUGUAACUGCUGGACUGGUUUUACGGAGCUUUUGAAAUGAGAGAGCUACAUCUCUCAUUCUUGUUGGUCAAGUGAUGCUAAUGGUGGAAUAAACUGACUUCAGUACUACUGAUCAAUCCAAAUCGCAAGUACCAUAUAAACAAGUGUGAUGUUGAAAUGAGAUGAGGCUCCGAAAUGGAACUGUGGCCACUGUGUUAGUUUUCAUCACUUUUCUCAGUUUGUCCUGGUACACUGCAUGGCAAAAUGGUAAAGAAAAGCUGAUUGCUUAUCAACGGGAAUUUCAUGCUUUAAAGGAACGUCUUCGCAUUGCUGAGCAUAGAACCCUGCAGCGUUCCUCCGAGCUAAAUGCCAUCUUGGAGCAAUUCAGACGUGCAGUAGCAGAAACAAAUGGAAGUAAGGAUGCAUUAAACAAUUUUUCAGAUGAAACACUGAAAUUGUUAAAAGAGCUAAUAAGCAGAAAAUCUCUUCAAGUGCCGAAUAUCUAUUACCAUUUGCCUCAUUUGUUGAAGAAUGAAGGAAGCCUUCAGCCUUCUGUGCAGAUUGGCCUGGGACGAACAGGCGUUUCAAUUGUAAUGGGAAUUCCCACUGUGAAGAGAAAAGUAAAGUCUUAUCUUACAGAAACUCUUCAUUCCCUUAUUGAUAAAUUGUCUCCAGAAGAGAAACUGGACUGUGUUAUGGUUGUCUUCAUAGGAGAGACAGAUCUUGACUAUGUACACAGCAUUGUAGCAAUCCUGGAGAAAGAAUUUUCUACAGAAAUCAGUUCUGGCUUGGUGGAAAUAAUAUCCCCUCCUGCGACUUACUAUCCUGACUUGACAAAUUUGAGAGAGACAUUUGGAGACUCAAAAGAAAGAGUCAGAUGGCGAACAAAACAAAACUUGGACUAUUGUUUUCUUAUGAUGUAUGCCCAGAAAAAGGGCAUUUAUUAUAUUCAGCUUGAAGAUGACAUUGUUGUCAAGCAGAAUUAUUUCAGCACGAUAAAAAAUUUUGCACUUCAACUCUCUUCUGAAGAUUGGAUGAUUCUAGAAUUUUCUCAGCUGGGUUUCAUUGGUAAAAUGUUCCAAUCUCCAGAUAUCACUCUUAUUGUAGAGUUCAUAUUUAUGUUUUAUAAGGAGAAACCUAUUGAUUGGCUCUUAGAUCAUAUACUCUGGGUGAAAGUCUGCAACCCUGAAAAAGAUGCAAAACAUUGUGAUAGACAGAAAUCUAAUCUACGAAUACGCUUCAGGCCUUCCCUUUUCCAGCAUGUUGGCCUGCACUCCUCCCUAGCAGGAAAGAUCCAGAAACUCACGGAUAAAGACUUCCUGAAACCAUUAUUACAUAAAAUUCAUGUGAAUCCACCCGCCGAAGUUUCUACAUCUUUAAAAGUCUACCAAGGACAUACGCUGGAAAAAACCUAUAUGGGAGAAGAUUUUUUCUGGGCUGUUACACCAAUUGCUGGGGAUUAUAUCCUAUUUAAAUUUGACAAACCAGUCAACGUAGAAAGAUACUUCUUUCAUAGUGGCAAUCCAGAGCAUCCAGGAGAUAUUCUACUAAAUACUACAGUGGAGGUUCUGCCUUUUAAGAAUGAAGACUUGGUAUUAAGCAAAGAAACCAAAGACAAACGCUUAGAGGAUGGUUAUUUCAGGAUAGGUAAAUUUGAAAGUGGUAUAGCAGAAGGAACAGUUGACCCAAGUCUAAACCCUAUUUUAUCAUUUCGGCUUUCGGUAAUACAAAACUCAGCAGUCUGGGCAAUUCUGAAUGAGAUUCACAUUAAAAAAGUCACAACCUGAUCAAAAUCUGUUUGGAAGAAAAGAGAGAAACUUUUCAAACAUUUCCUAUAAUAUCCUACAUCUUUAACAGUCAAAAAUUGAAAAUACUGAGCAUGCACCUUAUUCCAAUUGUCUUUUAUUUUUCACUCGAACUCUACCUCUUGUGAAAUCUACUGUAGAUGAGAAGAUUGUAAGUAACCCUUCCUGUCAUAUCCAUCCAGAAACUGAUGCUCCAUACUGAUAACGUUCAUCUGAGAUCCAAGUUGUCGUCCAUUUUUACAUGACUUUACCAUCUUAUGGUUGCUGAAGCCUGCUACUCUUAACCCGUACUAUUUUGAUAGUGUAGUAAUACGGAGAAGUUGUACAUAUUCUUACAUUUCUUGAAGAUGAAAAAAUAUAAUUAAAUUUUAUGAAGGGGGGUACUCUCGGGGUUCCAUUUAUUUUGCUAUAACAAAACCCUCUUUUAUAGAUUAUCAGGAUAUAUUUAUAUCUAUAUCUAGAUAUAGAUAUAUAUUAAAACAUUCGGGAUAUUUAAUUUAUUAAAAUUUGAAAAGUACAUAUUUUUAUGCAGUAAAAUUUUAAAUUGAUAAAGGUUUUUUUUAUGGAUUAUCUAGCUUAGAUUAUCUUUCUACAUUUUUCUUUGCAACUGCAAACAACAUAAAAAACUAAUACCAUAUUUCAGCUAUACUGCCAUACUAAGAAAACUAAAUUGAGUUUCUAAAUUAAGUACUUUUGUACCACAAAAUCUGUAAGAUAUUGUUCAAAGCAUGCCUUAAUUGCCCAAGUUCUGAAGAACAUUAUUCUUGGGGGCUACCAUAUUCCACUGAUUACAGGGCAUAGCCACAUAAAAAGCAUGUUGAAGUAUCUUAAUAUUUCAGUAUAAUGUAAGUGCUAAAUCUGCAGUGAUUUUAAAUUUAAUCCAUCACAUUUUAGAGGGAGAUUUCAAUACCAAGCUAUCCUUUUUAAAAAUUUUGUAGACAGUUCUUAAACCGAAUGAAUUCAUUCUCUGUGUAGAAGAGCAUUCCCUAUCUUUGUGCUGUAAAUUUUGAAUCUUGUCUCACAUGCCAAAACAUACAAAUUCUGUUCAGUACCUUGAAUGACUACAAUCCUAUAUGAUAUUUUUAUCAGGAAAAUAAUAGUAAUUAGACACUUGUAAUUAAUCUCAUUAUAGGUCUCUCAUAAAAUGUUUUUAUUUCAGUAUUUACCUUACGUAAAUGUUGUAGUGGGUGAUUUUUUUUUAAAGGGUGAGUCCUAUCCAACUUCCAUGGGACUCAAUUAAAAGACUUUCAUUGACUUUAAUAGAAUCAGGUCCAAAGUCAGUUUCCUGUCUUUUGCUCUUCAAGGAAAAGAACAAUACCUGUUUAACUGAUGAGCAGCCCAGACAGUGUGAGCUCUUUGUGCUGCUACAGCACUGUUCAUAACAUGUAAUGCCAUUUAACAGUUCAUUAAAAUCUAAUAAUUUUUUCACCACAUCUCAGCAUAGAUCUGAGAAAUUAUUUGGGUUUAGUUUUCUCCCAAUUGUAUCUGCGAAUGAUGCCAAUAAUUUAAAUUAUAGCUCUUUAUUAAAUUAUAUCAUGACUUAAUUUUUGUCAGAUAUAUGUUUCUGAACAAGCAAUGCCAACAACUGUUGUCUUAUCGUUCCAUGAAGUUAAAAUGAUUUCUAAUAAAUUUACCAAUACCAUUGUUAGGUGCCUUUCCUCUGAGCAGUGUCUUCUUAUGGGUUUAUUCUGUCAGCCUAGCUGUUCCUAAAGCAACGUUCAACAUAUAAGAAACUCCUAACAACAUCUCUAAAUGUGUAGAAACUCACCCCAAACUGAUCACAUUGUUGUUUUUUUUGUUAGCUGUACCCUAUUUUUUUCGAAGAACUUUUUUCUAGCAGUCAAAAUAUUGAACUGAAACUUGUCAAUUAUCAUCCAUUACCUCCUUGAUGAUAAACUGAUUUUUUUAAAAGUAUUAAUUUAUAUUCGAUUUUGUUGGAUCUUACUAGCAGGACCCAGAAAUACCUUGGGACACUAUGACAGAUUGCACUCUUAGUAAAUUAAUGUGCCACAACAGUAGAAGUGAAUUUAUUAUAAAUCAUUUAGGGAGCAGGUUUUGUAGAUUCAGAAUCAAAUUCAGACCUGAUGUAAUCAGGUACAAUUCCGUUGAUUUCCUGAGAGUUUGUUCCUUAAAUUAGAAGGUAGGGGUGGAGGAAAUCUAGCUUUUGUUGUUGUUGUUUAAAGAAAAUUCUCUCUAUCUCUACACACCAUUGUUUUAGACUCUAAAUUCUCAAAAAUUCUGAUUCACAAAUCACUCUGAAGUGGUCUGCUCUCCUUUUUGGAGAUCCACCUAUAUAUGGCAGAAUAAGAGUAUUUCAAAUAUUGCUGGACAUUAGCCAGUUUCUGUAUUGCAUUCCUCCAUAAUUUUUUGAUUAAUACACUACAAAUAUACUUACGUACAUUAUGUCAGCCAGAAACGAUAGUUGAUAGAUGUUGUACCUUAAGGAAAUGUAGGUCUUUUUUGGAGCAGCUGGCAUUUCCAGAUAUCUCAAUUUUCUGAUCAAAUUGAGUUUAAAUCCCCAGAUUUGAUGCCAAUUAAAGCUUUUUCUUAAAAUACUGUUUUGUUUUGUUUUUUAACAAGACCUUUAGCAGAGCCCAGAGCAAUUGCAAAGAUUUGGCCUAUUCAUAAUGAAAUCCUGUUUGGCUAAGUGAAUAAUCCUGCUGAAGACUUUUUGUGUGCGUGAUGUAAGAAAGAUUUGGCCUCAUGUCAAAAUAUUCCCCCAUGAAUGAAAACAAUCCCCCCUCUGAACAAGCUACUACAGGCUUUCUGCUCUUUUAGGGACCUAAACAUAAUUUAUUUGCAUUAUUUGACUAAUUACAAUCAUAGGGAUAAAUUGAAUGAUUUUUUUUGCCUCUAUCCAUGGUGAUUUGGCAAAGCUCAAGGCAGGUAUAGUAGUUAUGGACCAGAUUAGAAUUCUCAUCCAUCUCUGCUUUUCUCAGUCUUUUAAAAAUUUAGACUAGAAAAUCAUUAGGGUCCCUUGUGAGUCUCAGAUGAGAUAAGAUAGGUUUCAGAGUGGUACCGUGUUAAUCAGCAAAAAGAACGAGGGGUGCCACAAGUACUCCUCGGGUUUUUUUUUUUGAGAUAAGAUACUGGCUAAAUUUAAGGCAGAAUGAUUUUGUAUGAGUAUGUUGAGGGAUCUCGUUUAGUCUUUUGGCAAGACUAGACAAUUUUGUACUUUUUCCUUCAUUUUUCCCAUAAGCAAGUAUAAAAUUCCUUCAGUAAUUCCUUUUAUUGUUUGAAAUAUCUGCUCCAAAAGGAGUACAGUAUUAAUUUACAUCUUGUGCUUCUAAUCUGUGCUUUCCUCUGGAAACAAGAAUACAAAUUCAUUCCAAGACCAUUGUUUCGUGAAAUCAAGUGUUUGCUUAAGUUUUAGAUUUCAGCGUUCUCUUGUGAUUUCUGCUGUAAGCAGUGAGCUAGAACUCUAAGUAGCUUAAUAUUGAGAACUAUGAAACUUUGUUUCAAGGGGACAAACUUUGAUAUCUUUACAUGACUGGCAGUCAUCCUGCUCCCAUUAAUUUUAUUGGUGCAGGAUCAAGCUCCUAAUUGCAAAACAUCAUUACUGUUGCCUUUAAUGGUAGCUCGCAUGAUGAUCAUCACUGGUGCUAAAUGUUCAUAUAAAGUAAGGAAGGGUGGUUUUUUUUUUU